AUGCUGCCUAUCCGUAACUCCACUAAGAGUAUAUUCCACCAGGCUCGGCCAUUUCUUGAGGGAAAGGCCAUCAAUCGUUGUUGCCACCUCUUUGUACUGUCCUCCGCUCAACCGUUCCCGCUCAUCCGAAAACCAAGUCACAACCUGCACCCACGCCUAUGUACCCCCACACCGACCGCGCAUGACGAAAAGGCGAGCAAAGAAGCUACCCUGCUGGCGAAGCUCAAGCAUCCCAACAUCGUGGGGUUCUGGGAGAGCUUCUUCCACGGAGCCUCUCGGGACGUGCUAUGCAUUGUCAUGGACUACGCCGACGGCGGGGACCUCAGCUCCUGCCUCAGCAGGAGGAACGGCCGCCUGAUCGACGAGGAAAUCGUCCUCGACUGGUUCGUGCAGACGACGCUCGCUCUCAAGCACAUCCACGACCGAAAGAUUUUGCACAGGGACCUCAAGACGCAGAACAUAUUUCUGACGCGUUCGAGGGUGGUCAAGCUCGGAGACUUUGGCAUCGCUAAGGUCCUUGGGAGCACCUUCGACCUGGCGAGAACAGCUAUUGGAACUCCCUACUACAUGUCACCCGAGAUAUGCCAGGAGAAGCGGUACAACCACAAGUCCGACAUGUGGAGCUUAGGGUAUAGCUCCGGCGUGCGCAGCCUUGUGGCGCAGCUGCUGAAGAAGGAUCCCCACGCGCGGCCGAGCACCGGUGCGGUGCUACGGCGACCUCUGAUGAAGGACAAGAUCGGACGGUUCCUCAACAAGGCGCAGGCCAUCAGCCAAUCGCCUCCUCCUCCUCCGCUGCCGCUGGGGCCGCAUCCGCCGCGCCGAACCCUCUGUCCGGUGCGGCCGCCGCCGCUCAUCGCUGGCCGUUCAACGGUGCCGGUAUCAGCCACCCGCGACCAACGGGCGCUUCGCCCGGGGGCGGUCGCGAGAACGUCGACGCCGGGCGGCGAGCACGGCCGAUGGCCCGCGAGGGAGGACGGGGUGGCGGCGAGGUUGCCCAAGGAGAAGCGGCAGCAGGCUUGGCGGAAGAACGGAGAAAAAUGCGGUCCGCAGAAGAGGAAGCGGCCGACGAGCGGAGGAGGAGGGCCGAGGCUUUGUCGAGAAAGAAGGAGAUACGUGGUGGGUGCUCUGAGUGCGUGCUCGGCGGCGAAGGAGCGCGGGCAGCUCGCGGCCGUCGCCCUCAACAUCGCCAAACCUUCUUCCGCCGGGAGCCGCUUCGCCAAGCCCAACAGGCAGAGCUCCGCCGAGGACGCGGCUAGCAGGGCGCGGAGGGACUCACGGCAGAAGCUGGCGGCGGAGCAGCGGGAGCUGGACUCGAAGCGGGCGCAAGAUCGGGCGGAGGUGGCGCGUGCAGCUCUCGGUAUCGGCGGGGGGAGGGGCCCCUCCCCUCCUCCCCACCGCCGCGGGUCCCCGUAUGACGGCGACGCCAAGGCUCAGAGGCCCCGCCGGCCGUCUGCGAGAGCUGUGUCGCCCGCCGAAGAAGAGGGUCCGGACGUUCGCGACGCUUGCGGAGGUGUAGCCGGAGCCCGGGAAGAGCGGGUAAUCCAACGCCUCCAGAACAUGUGCGGAGGCGGCAGUGCUUCGCCGGCCGGGGGCGGCCUAGAGGGCCCCACGAAACCGAAGAGGCUGGACGGGGAAGCGCAAGCGAAGAGGAGGGGGGAGAUGGGGGCAGGGUUGAGGUCAGAGGGGGUCUUGGGUGCCGCGAAGUACGGGGUCGAGGAGAUGAGUGCGGCCUUGGAGUUGGUGCGGCGGCGGCGAGCGGCGAGGGCCGUCUUCGGAAUCGGGAGCCCGGACAAAGACGCCGAGGAAGACGUGCAGAGCAACUUGGAGGUGAAGUCGAGCAGGAGCAGUCGCGAUCGUUCUCGGCCAGGGAAGGAAGUCACCACGCCUUGCCGUGAGUCUGGCGAGAGGCCGGCGGUACCAAGAGAGCCCUCGGCCGAAACGGGAAAUACGCCAACACCAUCCUUGGAGUCGAAACAAGCAACCAACCGUCACCACGAUCGCGAUGGCAACCGCGGGACCGCUACCGCUCCUGCCGACGACAAGGGCGGCGCAGGCUGCGAUGGGGAGAUUAACCAAGCCGAGAACGCCGGAGAUUAUCGCCGUCGGCUGGGACAGGCCCAGCGGGAGACCGUUCCGGAGACCGUUGCGGAAAUCGUCCCCCGUCAGACCGACCGGAAGGGGUCCAGCGAUGCUGUUGGCGGCGAUGCCGUCCCCGCCCCCGAGAACGAGCGGAAGGCCGGGGGCGUUUGUCGAGGCGAGGCAGCGUCGAUGGACGGUAGGGGGCAGGAGGCAAAGAGCAUCGUGCAAGGCCCCGGCAGCGACGUUCCGAUGGAGUUUGUUGAUGCGGAAGGCGGUUGCGGAGAUGGCGGGGUCAGGAGUAAGGUUAACCUCGGGGUGGACGACGGGUGGUUCCAGACGUUCGAGGCCAAGAUGGGCGCGAUAAAGAAGCAGGUGGAGCAGAUCAAGUCUCCGCCGACGUCCACGCCGCGACGGAGAGACGGCGACCAGGCGGACUACGUCGGCAGUAGCAGGCCGGACCCGACCGCAGCAGCAAAAUCCCAUCGAGACUUCGAGACACCGCCGCCGCACCGCUACCCUAUUAGGCAGCAGCGCGCGCCUCGCGGCAUCCACAACGACGGACAAGGCGACCACGAUGAUGAUGAUAAAGCUUCUGUGGGCUCUGCGGGCGUGUUGCGACGAUCUGACUCCUCCUUCUCGCAGCAGACGGCCAGACUUCAUGCGGUGGCAGCUGCAGUGGAAGCGGCAGCGGAGGUGCUGGCUGCCAUCCCGGCGACCGCAACUUCGGAGGAUAACCAGACUCCCGAGGUGAGGCGCUGCCGCAGCGACGGCGACCUCCGCGUGGACCAAGGAGACCGCCUUUGUCCCCCUACGUCCGACGAGGCCGGCGACGAGGAGGCUGGCAAGCCUGUAGAGGGCGUCGGCGGCAGCGGCAGCGGGGCGGCGAGGCCUUCGAGGCUUGGGGGUCCCGGGGGCGUGAAGGUGGCCAUGACGCCGGCUCAGCGAGGGAGCGGAGGGCGAGCGGCGCGGCAGCCUCCGGUCUCUAGCCGUAGCGAGAGAAAGCCUCCAAGUACUCGGGGCCCAAGACACGCUGCUGCGCUGGCGGCCGAGCUGGGACGGUACUCGGACAACCGGCCAUGGGCAAAGGCUAGAAGCGGGGUAAGGGCACCCAGCGGUAAUGACGACGACGAGGAAGGAGGAGGACACGAAGCUCACCCCCCCUCCGCGGAAGAGCGGGUGCAGGCUCUGCGCGCCACUCGCGACCGCGAGCGAGGCAAGCUGCGGGCUUUGAUCGCGGAAAAGAGACGGAGGUCAAGCAUCGAGAAGGCCAAGGCCGCGGCGGGCGGGGAAGCGUCGCCGCAGGGCGCAGCACCGCGCGGCGACGAACCGGAACCGGACGAGCCGCUCCUGCCACGACAAGAGUGGAGCUCUCCCAGAGACAUGGCGGCGGCUGGGGUCGGGGGGCGGCGGCCCGCUGACCGCGCCACGGGACCCCCGGCGUCCGAGCCACGAGGAGGGCGGUGUCGAGGCACACCCCUACAUAGAGUCGCUUGCCCGAAGGGAGGAGCGCGUUCGGGGUCCGUGAACGCUUCGACUCGCCGCCGGAGAAGACCGGGGAGCGACUACAACGAUGACAGCAGUAACCAGGAGGGUGAACUCAGGGCAGGGGCGAGGAGGGAACCCGCGAAGCGGCAACAGAGCCUUCGUGACUUCAUCGCGGAGAGUAGGCGGAACCAACGGGUGAGGCGGUCUGUCGGUCGUGACGACGAGGACGAGGACGAGGACGACGACGGCGACGGUUUUUCUGUCUUGGUGCCCUCGGGACCAGGCCGCAGGCGCGGGGAGGGGCGGCCGACGGACCACGAUGCGCUGGCAACGGGAGGAGAGGAGAAGGGGACAGGAGAGGUGGUCGGGUUUGACGACGCGGUCGUUGCCGUAGUCCCAGCCCGUAGAAAUAUUGGCCUAGACUUUGAGGAGGAGGGCAGGGUGUGGGAGGCGGAAGAAGGAGGAAGAGGAGCAGGAGCAGAGGCAGCAGGCGGGGCAGGAGUAUUCUCCGGGGGUGGGGGGUCCGCCGCUGAGGUUGGCCGGGGGGGGGCGGAAGAACAGACGAGGGGCGAAGAAGAGAGCGUUGCCAGCAGAGGGUCAUCGAAGUCGUCGUCAUCGUCCACGUUGUGGAAUUGGGAGCACUCGCCGGUUGGCGAGGCUGUGGGUUCCAUGGAAGGGGUGCACCCGGGCCUUGCGACGUACAACUCUCAGCGAACAGCGGCGGCGGUGGUGGGGGGCGGGGACGGUGGGGGGCGCGCGGGACAGGAGGAGUAUGCGCGAAUGUUAGAGCUGAUGCAGCAGGAGGUUCUCGAGCUAGGAGAUGGCGCCAGCACGGACUCCGGGUGGGGCGAGAGCAGCUCCAACUCCGGCGAGGAGAAAAGCUCCGGGUCAGAGUCGAAGCAGCGACCGAGCGGAGGCGACGACGAGGAGCAGCGGACUGGCGGCGGCUGCGGCGGCGGCGGCGGCGAAAAAAGAAGUCACAACGAAGACGGUGUUAGUAGCAACAACCCUUCUCGGGUCGUUUCAGGACCCGAGCUGGCCGUGUUCUUGUUUCAGGGUGGGGUGAAGGGCGGCAAUCCCAACGGCAGCGGUCUUGAGGCGAAGGACGAUCAUGGGUCGUCGGGAGCGGCAAAUUUUCUGUCGCCUGGUGCCCCCUCUUGUGGCAGCCGAGACUCCUCGGUCCUCGCGUACUCUGGGUCUGGGCUCCAGGGUUUAGCCGUGGGCGGAGGCGUUUCGACAGUGGAAGGGCUCAGGAGUGCUGCAUGUCGUCGCGGAGAAGUCCCAUUGGAAGCGGAUGAGGUACUAUCUCGUGAAGAGGCGUGCUGUGGGGAUAGUAUUGGAAAGGUUCCGGUGGCAACAGAUGUGACGCCGCUCAGAGAUACCCGUGAGGAUCUCGGGACGAAGUCGUCAUCCCUUAGCGGCGAAUUGCGAGGUGUAGAUUUCAUCCUCGGCAAGUCGACGACCAGAGGUGCGCCCCCUUGAAAGGAUGGGUCUAGGAGGCGGACGCGGGAACGUAUAUUGAACCAUCACCACCGCAGCUCUGCUGUAGCCUGUAGCGGGAGGACAACUGUUCGGCUUCCAAUACCACGAUAAAUGUAGCGUCGUCUG